AAAACACAAACUUCAUACUUGAGCCUCACUUCCGCGCCGGCGUUUGAAGAGUUUCUUUUGCCGUUGGCGAUGUCCUCCUCAGACUACGACCACAGAACGGCUUUUCUCGGAGACUGGGGUACAUUUCAAAAGACUGUGUUCUUUCUGUUAUGUUCCAGCAUUAUCCCGAAUGGUUUCACAGGCUUGUCCAUCGUGUUUAUCGGCGACACGCCGCCCCAUCAUUGCCACAUUCCCGCUGGUGUAAAUAUCACUGCUGAAUGGAAGAACGUUUCUAUUCCCAUAGAAGCGAACGGCAGAGCCAGUGAAUGCUCGAGGUACAAACUGGAUGUGCUGAAAAGUCAUUCUGACAGGGGCUUGGUACCGUGGGUAGACGUGAACGUAUCUGCCAUAGAACAGGAGCGCUGUGUGGACGGAUGGGAGUAUGACCGAGAAACAUACGUUUCCACCAUCGUCACUGAGUGGGACUUGGUAUGCUCAGAUGACUGGAAAGCUCCUUUGACUUCAUCACUUUUCUUCUGUGGUGUCCUCAUUGGAUCCUUCAUCUCUGGACAACUAUCUGACAGGUUUGGAAGGAAAAUCGUGCUGUUUUUAACUAUGGGAGUUCAGACAAUAUUCACUCUCAUUCAGGUUUUCUCUCCAUCGUGGGUUGUAUUCUGUUCACUGUUCUUUGUCGUUGGGAUGGGACAGAUUUCAAACUAUGUGGCUGCAUUUGUUUUAGGAAUGGAGAUUCUGAGCCUACCGGUCCGCAUCAUCUACUCAACUGUUGGAGUGUGCAUUUUCUUCUCCUUUGGCUACAUGGUACUUCCACUUGUGGCUUACUUCAUAAGAGGCUGGAGGAUGCUACUGUUGGCCCUCACAUUACCUGGCUUCCUCUACAUCCCACUUUGGUGGAUUGUUCCAGAGUCUCCAAGGUGGUUGCUAUCUCAGGGUCGUGUGGAUGAGGCAGAGGCCAUACUGAGGGAUGCUGCCAGGAGGAAUGGGAUCAAAGCCCCUGAAGAAAUUUUUCCACCUUCUCAGCCUAGGGACAAGGCUGGAACCAUGCAGCCCCACAACCUCUGUGAUCUGGUGAGAUCCAGCAACAUCCGUACUAUUACUAUUCUGCUGUGCCUAGUCUGGAUGACUCUCUCUAUAGGAUACUUCGCCUUGUCUCUGAACACGUCCAACCUAUAUGGGAACCCCUAUUUGAAUUGCUUUUUCUCAGCAGCUGUUGAAGUGCCUGCCUAUAUUAUUUCCUGGCUCAUGUUUCGCUACUUGCCCAGACGGUUGUGUCUCUUCUUCACCCUUUCUUUGGGUGGAACGGUACUACUCUUCAUACAUCUUCUGCCCCAACACAUGAAUUAUGUUGCCAUUUCGCUGGAGAUGCUAGGCAAGUUUGGUGUCACUACAGCAUUUGCGAUAGUAUAUGCUUUUACUGCUGAACUAUAUCCCACUGUCUUGAGGAACACAGCUAUGGGAGCUUGUUCAAUGGCUUCAAGAAUAGGCAGCAUAUCUGCACCAUAUUUCAUCUACUUUGGAGGCUAUCACAGAGCCCUGCCUUACAUCCUAAUCGGCACUCUAAGUGUUCUUUCUGGAUUGCUGAGCCUACUGCUUCCAGAGAGCCUUGAUAUGCCACUUCCUGAGACCAUCAGUCACAUGCAGACAAUUACUGGUUGUAAAAUGAGACGCUCAUCUUACAGUCUUACCACUGCAAGAGCUGAAGAGGAACACAUGUCCAAUCCUAAUGAUGGUUUAGGGGCAGAAAUAUCAAAACUCUAAUGAACAAAUAUCAAGAAAUUGUUACUAGUAUGCAUUUCUCUCUUCAAUGAUUUAUGUGUAUUUUGCUGUAAUAAAUUGUUUACUAACAGUAACAUAGAAUCCUGAUGAUUAUAAUCUAGUAUUUGAACAUUAUGUAUUUCUGGGUCAUUCAUUACUCAUUGCUCAAAGUAUAGUGUAUAGAUGUUAAAAUUAUUGCAUACUAAGUAUUACCAUUUACUCACUGAUGUUAGUGCUCAUUUGUGUAUUAAUACAGUAUUUUUUGCAAUAAUAAUGAGUUCAUUUUAAUUUUGGCUUUUGUGGCUUCAUAUUUAAAUGUAGUUACAAAGCUAUUGGCUGUAGUGCAUUUUUUUUCAAAUUUCAACAAGUAGAUUAACACUGCAUAACAAAAAUUUCAGGGAAAUCCAUACUAUAUAAUUAAAAAUAUUUAGUAUGUUAAUAUGCUACAUUGAUUAUAGUAAUAUUAACAUGCACUUUAUUCAUUUAUUAUUAUUAUUUUACUCUAGCAAAUAAACUGCCUCAGUUCAUUUGUUUGUGCAUU